UUAAUAUUUUUGGUAAUUAAAACAGUCGAUUGCGGUUGAAUUAGCGAGUGCGGCCAUGAAGGAACCAAGCGAGGAGUUACUGGAUCGCCAUUUCCGGCAGCAGGUGGCCAGUUACAAGGAUGUCGAUCAGGCACUGGCUAAGCAGUCGGAUCGCCUCAUUAUAGCCAGGUGGAUGAAGGUCUUCGAAAAGAUUCCGCUCAGCCAAAAGUUGGCCAGGAACAGCCUGAUGCUGCUCAUGCAUGGCCACUUGAAGGAUUUUGGAGUGCUCAAGGAGCCGUUCACGGAUGUGCGUAACUGCAGUAGGAAUCUGAAUGUCAUUUUGGAUGAGUACAGAGGCCAGCCAUGCAAGAAUGCAUCACGUCAGGAGAAAAGCAUGGGCUCCGCUAAAAGUGUUGCGAAACAGAAGCAAUUGGCUUCUGGCAAAUCAUUUACGCACAACCUAAUGGUCAAAAUGUGCUCCACGCAAAUUUUACGACCUAGGAAUCUGGAACCCAUCCAGGAGGUUACCGAACCCUCGGAAAAGGAACCCACAACCAGCAGUUUUGCCAGCAUUGUUACGGUGGUUCGACAACCGAAAUCCGGAUCCUCUGGCUCGAAAAAACACUUAGAUUCUCAACGGACUGGCUCCGAGUGCGCUGAUAGACAAAGUGUGAAGCAGAGAGUCCAAUCAUUGGGGGAUGAGCCCUCGAGGAAUACGCAGCAUCCACUGAGGAUGAGUUCAAUGGAAAAUAUCAGAAAUAACUGCCAAAAGAGCCCAGGCUAUUGUGGUGAUUCCACAUCCAAUCGGGAUGAACUUGGAAGCGGAAAAACCCGUUCCUCCAGUCCGUUAUCCCAGGAGAAACUCAUUAAGAUCACCAAUGUCAUAGAGCAGGUCAACCGCAGAUCAAGUGCUGUAAAAAAUUUGACGCAUUGCUUUGAGGAAAUGGCCGAACGUCUGAAGAACACAAUCAAAUCGAAAAGUGUCGCACCAAUGGGACACAAGCCGAAGAUUCCGCCGCCAAAGACUCCAAAGAAGUUCAAUAGGAUUCACCAGGAUGUUUCUCCCCAGCCAGCCAGGCAACCAGUAGACAAAUGCCAUCCUCCUGUAUGUUUUGAGGACAUAAAUGUACAGGACUUGCUGAUUCGUAGGGAGAAGCUGCGUGUCCAGUGCUUGGCGUACUACAACUUGGAUGGCACGAUGAAGCAUGUAAAGGACAUGCCGGAUCCCCCAAUGAAUAUUAGGAAAGCUGAACAGAGAGUCAGGGGCUUCAUAAUUGGUGCCUACAGAGCCUUGGAACGACUGAAGCGCUGGCGGGGAAAAUCCAAACAGUUGAGAUUUUUCCAAACCUGUUUCCAGAAAUGUGGACUGGGCGAUUUCUGGGAACUCCAGGCUGCGGAUCGAAGAUUUGAGAGGGUGGCACUCAAGUGGUAUCGCCGCAAGGUGAUGGCUAGUCAACGCAACACCUGGCGUAUUUAUCGCAGGAACAUCUUGGGGCAGAAAAUAUCAUACGCAGAGGAAGAUCUACAGCAGAUGCGCCACCAGUUGGAACUGCAAGAGGAGCUGCAGCGGGAGCGAAUGGUGCACCUGGCCAAGAUCAAGGAACUAUGCAGAACCAACUGUUGUGGAAUCAUCAAGCCGGAAGUUCUUUGCAAUAUGCUCAAUCGCCUGGACGAUGAACACGCCCAGCUAGCCGAAGAUCUCAAGGUACUGCUCCGCCAGAAGGAGCAACUGUUCCAGUGAAGCAUCCUGCGAAUGUGUAACUUUCCUCGCAACUGUUUUUGUAACCAUUUUGCACCUGUGUAAGCCCGUUUACACCGCGAGCUACGCUGCUCAUUAAUUAAUUCAAAUACUACGCUUUAUUAAAUUAAGAACUGCUGAAAGGGAUGCAAAGUACAGGGGAGUUGGGGGAAGGGACCAAAGCUGGAGAUGACUACACAAUA